AUGCGCCCGAUCAAGGCCACGCGAUGGAGGGCGGUGAGCCGCAACUCCGACAAAGUUUCCAUCCUCACCCUCCUCGGCAUCUCAGAGCUCCUCAAGCUCCGCGGGAAAUGGUCCAUGGCCCUGCGCCUCGGCACCUUUGCCCUCCGUCAGUCGCAAGGCUUGGGCACGCUGACCGAGGGCCUGGCCCUGCUGAGCGUCGGCCACGCCUACCGCAACCAGACCCCCGAGGACUGGAUCUCGGCCCAGCACCACCUGCGCAUGGCCAAGCUGCUCCUCGAGGGCCUGCCGCCCAACGAGGACCAGACUUUUUACCUCAUGCGCGCCGUCCUGCUCCUCGGCGACACCCUCGUGCGCCGUGAGGACCUCGGCGACAUUGCCGAGGCCGAAGAGCUGGCUCACCUCGCCGAGCGCCUGCUGCGCCAGAGCCGCGAGGGGCGGCCGGGCAGCGGCGGCAGCAGCAGCGGCAGCAGCCGCAGGAGGUCGUUCCGCUGGACCCUCUUGACGGGCUCGUGGCGCGACUUUUGCCUGCACUCCAUGGUCGAGCUGGGCGAGAUCUACUACUACACGAGCCGCUGGGCCGAGGGGGAGAAGCUGCUGCGCGAGCUGGUCCCGACGCUGGUGCGGCGGAGGGGGAAACGCCACGUCACGACGAUUGAAGCGCAGCGCGACCUGGCGAGCAUGCUCGUCAACCAGGACAAGUACGAGGAGGCCGAGAUCGCCUACCGCAUCGCGCGGGACUGGAACGAGGAGGUGCCCGUCUUUGGGCACGAGGAGAAGGCCGCCAUUGACUACAACAUUGCCAUGUGCCUGUCGGAGCGGGGGAGAGACGACGAGGCCCGCGUCGAGAUUGGCAACAUGGACCUGGCCGCCGACCUCCUGCACUACGCCAACGGCGAGUGGACGCUGAAGCUGGCGCGGCUCACGAGCCUGCGGCUCAAGAGGUACGACGAGGUCAUUGGUCUCUGCCGGCGGUUCCAGCGGGUGCUGGACGAGCACCGGGCCCGGUUCGGCCUCUGCAGCACCGUGACGCUGCGCAACAUGGAGGACCACGUCACCGCCCUGAAAGCCUUGCGGCGGUGGGACGAGGCCGUCGUCAUCCUGCGCGACAUGUGCCGGCGCGAGGCGGGCGACGUGACGCGCGUGGUCGAGCAGACGCUCGAGACGCGGCUGAACCUCGCGCACACGCUGCGGUGCGCGGGGCACCACGAGGAGGCGGCCUACGAGUACCGCAAGUGUCUCGAGAUUGAGCGGGCGGCGUCGCACGACUUCCAGGACGAGGCGCAGAUACGGAAUAUACUCAAAUACCUCGCGUACCUGUACGAGCGCGCCGGGGACAAGGCGAACGCGCUGAUUGCGUACGCGCAGCUGCAGAGGGAGUACUGGGGCCGGCCGAGCCACCAUGGGAAUUUUGUAAAGUACGAGUGGUGCCGGGGCAAGAUGUUUAUGUUGCAGGGCCGGUGGGAGCACGCGCUCAAGCUGCUGCUCGGCGCGCUCGCUGUCAAGAGGGGCAUCGAGACGGCCGUGUCCAUUAUUACGGGGUUGCCGAUUGCGGCAGUGCAUGCCAUGCAGCCCGGGCGGAGGGUGCCCGAACCGACGCAGCAGGAGAUAUUAGAGGUCGACGAUGAAAUGGACGAAGAGGAGGAGGAGGAGGAGGACCGGGACCAGGACCAGGAUCUCAAGGGGUUAGAAAAAGUCGAGACGAGCGGCCACCAGGUUCAGGUUCAAGAGCUGGUAGAUUCUUCCUCCUCCGACGACGAAGAGGAUCACCAAUUGGCAUCGUGGGACGAGGUCGACUGGUGGGAGGAGGUCAUCAAGGACGCCGUGGACGCGGUGCGGCGCGAGGAGCCCUUUCAGGCCUGCACGCCGCUCGACGAGGCCGACUCGGAGGUUGACGACGAUGACGAGGUCGAGGAGACGGUGGACGCCGUCCUCACGAUGAAGAGCGGAUAUCCCGCCGUGCCUGCGGACGACGAGUGGUCGCAGCCGCAGUGGCCGCGGCUCCCGGACACGUACGAGGAGCUGGUGAUCCAGCAGCGGAGCGUUGUGGAAGAGAGUAGGCCGUGGGUGCCGUGA